UACAUCUAGAGGUCAACCGAAGGAACAUUCGCUUUCAGUUUUCGCUUCUUGAUUAAACUUUUUUACUUUUCUUAUUCAGAACACUUAUACAGUAUAUUUAAAUCCUUAGAGAAAUUUGAAAUAUGGUUUGAAGUAUUUUUAGCAGAAUUUAGCAUCUUUUGAAAUGGAGUUUGUGACAGAGAGUGAUCCUGAAAUGAACUUUAACCCUGACUAUGAAAUUGCUAGUGAUGAAGAAGAUUGCACUGACGCCACUGCAAUAGAAGAUCCAGAAACUAAAGAUGAAGAACGCGCCAUGACGAAUGAUGACGAGAGUGAGAGAAGCACAGAAAGCAGUAGUGAUGAUAGUUCAAGUAGCAGUGAAGAAGAGGAGGGAGAUGAUGAAGAGAAGGGUGACAUUGAUGAGGAUAAAAAUGAAGUUCACUUGGCUGAACAUGAAAAUAGAGAGGCAGAAAGAAAAGAAGAAAAUAAAAAAAAUAUAAGGUCUCCUGUAUCAGUCAACCAUGACAAAAUUAGCAAAUCAUCCAAUGAAAUCAGUCCUGAAGACAGAACUGUUAAUGAUUUAAAAGACUUGCCAAAUAUUUCUCCUGGUGAGAAAUCCAAGAAAGAAAAUGAUGGAGAUACAAGGAAAAGCAUUGACAAUAACCUUGAUAUCUAUGCAGAUAUGUCAAUGGAUGGUGCUGACUUUAAGGCUCAUACUCACAAAAUCAAGGGUGGAGACUCAAAUUUGGAUCUCUAUAGUGAAUUUUUAAUUGAAGAAGUUUCGUCUAGACCAAGUUAUGACCAGCUUUUGAAAGAUAAAGACGUCAAUCAUCUUAAAGUUGAGGAAUUGAAGUCAACUCUUCAUAAACUUAUGAAGCAAGAAAAGUCAAUCAAGGAAGAGAAUCUGAUGCUGCGUAAAAAUAUCUCAUCAUUGUACAAGACAGCACAAGCAGAAAUUAAACGAAAAGACAAGGAGAUUGCAGCACUUGUAAGGAAGCUCGACUACUUGCAGCCGAUGCGUUUCCAAGCUUUGAUGUACCGCAAAAUAGUGGCAGCACGCAGCCAAGGAAAGGAAGGUAAAGAAUUUGAUCAAAUAUUGGCAAGUACUUUGCAAGCAAAAGAACUGAGUAGUAAGAAAGCUAAUUCAAGUGAGACGAUUCAACAACUAGAAGAUUCAUUGGCCAAAGAAUACUGCUUUCAAAAAGAUGGUAGCAAAGAGAGAAAGAGGCAAAGAGAUAGCAAGGAUGAACAUGAGGAAAAAUAUGAGAGACCUGAUAAAAGAGAAAAGAGAUCAGAUAGUCGGGAUAAGUCUGAUAGAGUAUAUAAAGAUACAAGAGAAAAACUGACGAAGAAAAGAGAAAGUUUACCUCAUGGAAGGCAAAGCCGUUCGCCAACAAAUGAUGGGCGGCAAAGAAACAGGGGAACAUUAUCAGUGUCCCCUAGUAGAAAGAGUAAAGAUAGACCAAGUGAGCAGUAUUCUGGUAGACACACAAAUGGAACAGUGAAUAGCCUCAGAGAAGCCAGCAGAAAGGAAGACCUUAAAAAAGAACUUAAAACAAGUGAAGAAACAAAGGUGAAAGAAAAGCGAACAGAGGAUAAGUAUAAGGAGAAGGAACACAGAAGAGAUGAACCUUCAUCAUCAUCAAGAUUAAACAAGUCAGAAAAAAUUUUUGAGAAAACAACAAAAAAAGAGAAAUCUUCUGUAAUUGAUAAACAGGUGACAGUAAAAAAGUAUGACACGAUACGGUCAGCAGAAAAACCUUCAAAGAACAUUGGUAGAUCAUCAUCAGUUGAUAGUCAAAGACAACGACGGGAUGACUAUAGCAGGAAGUCCGAUAAAGAGUCAUCAAAAUCUCAAAGUAAAGUAUCUUUGAAUGAAUCGUCAAGAUCAUCAUCAGUUGAUAGGCACAGAAACCGAGUAAAAGAGCAAGAGAAAAAAGGCAACAAAGAUUUGACCAAAAUAUCUGAAAGAUCAUCUGAAAAAUCUGAUCAAAGGCAUAGAAAAGAAAUUGAAGGAAAGUCAUUAGAUAGGUUGUCACAGAAGGAAAGAGAUAGAGAGCUUGAAGUCCAAAGGAGAAUAAAAAAUCGAGAACAGCUGAGACAGAUGGGUGAAGACAGACUGCCACCAAAUAGAACAUUAUCAGCACACAAAGAUGAAGGAAAAAGAUCUUCUUCAUCUACAGACGUUGACCGAGAGAGGAAAAAUAGGUCACAAGACUCAAAACCAGAUGUUGAGAAGGUUAGAAUGAAAGAAAGAAAAAUAGUAGAUGAAAAAGCUAGAUUAAAUGAAAAAGAGAAGAGAAAGUCAGAAGAAACAACCAGAGGAAAUGAGAAAGGAAGACGGAAUGUAGAUGAGAUCAGUAGAGGGAAUGAUAGAGGAAGGCGGAACACAGAGGAAAUUGUUAAAAGGAAUGAGAAGGGAAGAAGAAACCAAGAGGAAAUCAUUAGACAGAAUGAAAAAGAGAGAAAGAAAUCCAAUGAAAUAAUUAGAACAAAUGAGAAAGAAAUCCGAGAGCAUGCCAGAAAUGAUCACCAAUCAAGUAAUGAUAAAAGUCAAAUCGCAAAGAAAGAAAAACAGCUUCAAGAUUCCAAGAGAUCCCAGAGUUCUACAAAGAGUAGUCAUGUAGACAUGCAUGAACAUAGUCUAAAAGAAAACAAACACCAGAGGCAUAGAAGCAGAGAUGCUGUGGAGAAGACUGACAAAAAGUCAAAGCAAUCUCCAGUUAAAAAGGUAAAACCUCACCAGCUUCCAACUCUUCGACAUCUUGAACAUGAUGACAGUAGCAGUGAAAAUGACUCUAAAAUAAGUAGUCAUUCUGGAAAGUCAAAAAAGAUUAAUACCUCAGAAUUCUCUAAAAAUGUCACAACUACUAAAAAAACAACUAAAAACACUAUCACAGAUCUGCAGAUUCCUGUAAGCAGGAAUCCAAUGAAUGCAGAAGUGGAUGACAUCAGUCUCAGUGACAUCGAUAGUGGUUCUGAUGAAGAAGGUGAAUAUUCUCAAACAGAUAAAUCUAAUUUUAAAGGUAGUAAAGAUGAGCUUGUGAGUAGCAUACAGAAAGAAUCUCCUAAAAAGAGACCUAAGUCAGAUGAUCGUAAACAUUCCGUUAAAGGCUCAACUGGUGAAAGGCUUGAAAAAUAUCAAAAUACAAUUCAAGAGAAAAAAGAACAGAAUGGAUCAAAAACAAUUAAAGAAUAUCCUAAGCAUUCCAAAAAUGCACACAAAUGUGCAAAUGAUAAUUCUCAGGGUUUAGAUAAAUUGAAAGUAACUGAAAAAGAUCAUGAAAUUUUAAAACAAAGUAAAAAAAAAAAGAAAAAUGGUAGUGAGGCUGAAAAGACUUUCAAAGAAGAUGCUGUUGAUAAAGAGAGAAAAGCACCAGUUGAAAAGGAAAAGUCUGAAUCGGAUGGUGCAGCAAAAGCAGAACCUAUAAAAAUAUCUAGACAAAACAUUUCAGAAACUCCUUCCAAAAGUAAAGAUGACAGAAUUAAAAAGCGAAAAAGGAAAGAAAAAGAGAGCUCCACAAGUAAAGUUAAGGUGAAAAAAAUUAAGAAAAAUAAUGAUAAACAGAAAGAUAUUGCAAAUGUAGACACUCCUUGGAGUCCCAUUUCAACAGAAGAAGAAAAGAAAACAGCAGAUGUAGUAAUUGAUGAAAAAAUGACUCAAGUAGACGAAACACCUUCAAAGGAAGAUUCUCAACUUGAAGAAGGGGAGUUGUCGGAAGGAGAGAUCAAAUCAGAUUCUGAAUCCGAAAUUUCUCCUGAUUAUUUCAAACCAACAGGUCAUCGGUUGGGUAGAAAUGAUGAAAGGAGAAACGUAGCAACGCUAGGAAAGUCAAAGGAUCUGCGUCAACUGAUCAAUAAGAAGGAUGUUCACAAACGAAGCAAGGAUUCCUAUCGUGGUGACAAAUCUCAAAGGUCAAGAAAGAUUUUCAAGAUGAGUACUGAUCCUGACCUUGUGACAAAUACUGGGACAAGACUAGCUUGCAGUGACUGUGCCAAACUCACCAAAAGGAUUGAGGAACUUGAAUUAGAAAACAAGCAGUUGAAAGAAUAUGUAAAGCAGUCUGAUGUUUUGGUUCAGAAGUUAAAAGAACAGUUGGAAAGUAAAACGGUUGAGGAACUCUCCAAAUACCUUUCAGAAUUUAAGCUUUAUUCACAAGUUGUUGGCAGCCAACAAAAGAAGAAUGAAAACAUAGCUCUUCUAACCUCAAGUAACCAAACUGAGCCCUUGGCUGAAGAACAGCCCUUACAUGCACCUGUGAAUCGACAGCCAGAGGAUUGUUCUAUUAAUGGUGAAAUGGCAUUACCUGGAAAAGGUCAGAUGGAAAAGCCAGGUAUACUGAGCUCAUUACAGACUCAAGCAACCCCAACUCAAGUGACCCCAUCUCAAGGUAAUACUGCUGUUGCAGUUAGUACAACCACCAUGGCUGCUGCUUCUGUAUCUUCACCUGAAAAUGGCCAGGUUUCUUGCAGAGGAGAUCAUCAAGCAAUAAUAAGAAAGACGGAGAUGAUUACUGAUGAAAUGAUUAUGUUCAUCAAAGGGAAAUUGCCUAAGUAUUGGAAGGAUUUUGCCAGAACACUUAAAUUAAAAGCUGAAGUUAUUGAAGAAAUUGAUGUAAACUUUGGCCACAUUGGCAAUGUAUUGGAAGCUGUUCAUCAAAUGCUGGUUAAAUGGCGUCAAAGUAAUGGAAAAGAUGCUACUACAGAUAGCUUGCUCGAAGCUUUAGAGAAAAUGGAGCGCAAAGACCUAGUCGAUGAAUUUUGUGAUGAGUUCAAAUUAUUUAGCAGUUCUUCUGAAUCUGACAAACCUUAUGCAGAACAAAAUGAUAGUGUUGUCCCUGAGACCAGACUACUACAAGAGCAACAUCAACAGAGUGUCAAACAUCAAAGUGAGCCUGUACAGUCCAAUUUUGAGAAAUUUUUUUCUGACUUCAUGCUCGACUCAACAGCUGCGGGUAAGAAAGAGUUCAGAAAAGAUUUGAAUCGCCUGAACAACUUCAAAGGAGAAGAAACUAAAAGCAUUGCAUCUGAAAUGGAGUGGAAUCCAGAUAAGCUUGAUUCAGAGGUAAAUGAAAAUUUUAAAGUAUAUAAUGUCCUAGACAAAUGGGCUGGUAUACUUUUGAUUGAGAACCCACUAAUCACAAAAGUUAUGAAGAGGAGUAAAAUUCAAGAGAUGGUACGAAGUUUGCGGAGCGGAAAUGGUUCCAGAGAAGAUGUCAUUUCUGAAAUACGCAACCAUCUUUUAGUUGGCACUGUUGGUACAAAAGUAAAACCAACCACCCAGUAUACAGAAUUAUCUUAUAGUAUUAGACUCAAAGUUGCCUCAGAACUUACGUUGCUUGGCGAAAAGUGUUCUCUGGUUGCUGAAGGCCUUGGUAUUGAGAACAGCUCGAUUCGAUAUUUAAUUAAUAAACACGAUCGCGGCCAACAGGUUCUACGAUCAUGGGAAACAAAAGCUAAUGCCACAGUGGGAACACUUUACAAUGUUUUAAUUGAUCAUGAUGCAUGCACAGCUGCUUCCAUGCUCGAAUGAAACCUGAGAGCAAAACCAAAUAAUGUUUGCUCUACCUCUGACAUGUUAUUGUACUGAAUGUUCAGUACGUUCCCAAAAGUGGGUCAGGUGGAAUCAAACUCACGACCUCCAGAUAGCCUACUGAUCACCAAGCUUGAGCUUAGCUAGAGACUAGUGAUGAAUCCUAUCCCCAAGUAGCAGCGGGUACUGCAAUGCUAUCCAAUGGCGUUUUUGCGUCAGGAGAGAUAAUAUGAAAUAGCACAUCAGGUAGAACAAACAUUAUUACGUAUUAUUUCUCCUGAUACAAAAAAAGACCAUUGGAAUUAAGAGCAAUACGUAAGUUUAUUGGCAGCAAUAUUAUAUUAUUGGCAGCCAUGCGUGGAUUGCUACAAACCAAUCUUUAAAAAAUUUAACUGGUUGAUUAUGACUCACAAAAACCCCCUCUAUAAUGAAUACUGGUUGCUAGGUUAGUAUAAUGUAUUAUUUGAUGACACCCUUUGAACAUUCCAACAACGAGAAUGACUGGUUAAGGCAGAGGUGCCGCAAACUACAGCCAUAAUAUCGGUUCUGAUUCCAGUGUCAGGCUUGCCUAUGUUUCUGGUGGUGGAACAGUCUUCAUAUAUAAGGACUAUAGAGACUGUAGGCCCAGUGUACAUGAUUGAUUUAUGUGCACUUUAAAGAACCCAGUACAUCUUUUUGAGACAAAAAGUAGGGGUUACCCCGGUGAACUGGUCCAUACAGCCACUGUUGUCCUGCGGUUAUGAAUCCUUAAGGUUUGCAGGAUGUGUCUUUGUAGACUAAAUAAUAUAUGGAAUUUCUUUAUGAUGUCAAAACAAUCUAGUUUUUUCCUAUAGAUAUUUUACUAACAGAAGGCCCUAAAUGUAUUAAUAACAGUGGUAUUUUAUUUAAGUGUCCAAUUGGAUAGGAUAAUAUUUAAUUUAUAUAUGAAAUAAAUGGGUGUAUGCAAUUAUAAGUUCACAAAUUAACUUUUAUUCUCAAUGCAGUUGCAAAAAUUGACCUUUAUUUAAACACAAAAUUUGAUUAUUUACUUAAGUCCUAGUUUUAGCUGUGCACCUAUUUAACGAGUGUUUUUAUAUUUUUUUCUAGUUCCAGAUUUCUCUUACAAUCCUAGCACUUUUUGUUACGGAAAGGUUUACUUAAAAAUGAUGACGGAAGUCUCACUAUGGUUAUUUACAAUGUCGAAAAUUUACUAAAACAU